AUGGCGUUAUCUGUAUUUUACUCGAAUCCUUUGAGGAAUGAAGCCGGACCACUCCUCUGUGAUAUCUGCGACCACUCUAUAGAAAAACAGAGUGGUUGGAUAUAUUAUAACUAUGGCCAUAAUUUUCUUUCGCAUUUCGGGUGUGUUGCUGAUAUUGUAUAUGAGAAAGGCGGAGAUGAUAAAGAUUAUAUCAUCGGUGUUAAAAGGGGACUGAUUAAUGUCGAUGGAGACGAUACUUCUAUAGUAAACUAUCGAGAUAACGACGAAGGAAUUGUGAAACAUAAGAGAUUUUUUCAUCGACAUGUUCUGCAACAACUGGAUAGGUCGAUGGAUAAUAAUAAUAAUAAUAAUAAUAGUGUGAAGAAUCGAAAAUGUGGUAUUUGUGGUAUGGAUAUAAGUUCAGAUAAGAAAAAAGGAUGUUCGAGUUGUGAUUUCAUUAUUCAUGAGAGGUGUUCUUUUUUGCCUGAGAAAAUUCAACAUCCGUUUCAUCCACAUCCACUAUCACUCGUUCCUAAAAAAGACGGAGUUGAAGUUCAUUGCGUUGGCUGUCGUCAAUCGAGUGGUUGUCACACAAAUUACACAGUUUUAUACCGAUGCAAAAUUUGUGAAUUUCAACUUCAUCCGUCAUGUGCUGCAAGUCCAAGGAGAUUGAAGAAGCUUGAUUUAACUUUGUGCUACUCAUUUCCUUAUAAGAAUGAAGUAUCAAAGUUAUACUGCAACUAUUGUUCAAAAGUUAUCAGUAAGGAUGAAUGGCUUUACUAUGGAAGAAGUAGUGAUGAGAAGAGGCACAUUACUUGUCAAUUGGCUGUUGGGAUUUCCAAUUGUUAUGUUACGCUACGCGAUCUAGAGGUUGAGUAA